UCCCAACCUCAAGCUUUCAGUUCUCACAACUUUUCGAUAUUCCAUAAUUACAAUAACAUUCGUUACAUCUACAAUCUUCCGUACUUUUUCUUCAACAUCUUAACAUCAAUGGCCAAAGUUAACAAGAGAUUGGCUGUUCUAGUGGGUUGCAAUUACCCAAACACCCAAUACGAAUUGCACGGAUGUAUAAACGAUGUGGUAGCCAUGAAAGACGUGCUGGUUAAACGAUUCGGGUUCGAUCCAACAAAUAUCGAACUCUUGACCGAUGCAUCGGCGGCGACUGGAGAAGGGUCAUCAUCGGUGGUUUUGCCGACAGGGGAGAACAUUAAGGCAGCAUUGAGUAAGAUGGUGAGACAGGCUGAAGCCGGUGAUGUGUUGUAUUUCCAUUAUAGUGGACAUGGAACAAGAAUUCCAAAACCUGCCCACCUUUUCGGACACGAUGAGGCAAUUGUGCCUUGUGAUUUCAAUCUCAUUACAGACGUGGAUUUUAGACAAUUAGUUAACCAAUUACCAAAAGGAGCAAGUUUCACGAUCUUGUCGGAUUCAUGUCACAGUGGUGGUCUCAUUGAUAAAGAAAAAGAACAAAUUGGACCUUCUACCUAUAGGGCAGCUUCAUCACUUUCUUACAAGGCUAAGAACAUCCCUUUUGAAUCCAUACUUGAGCACCUAACAACACUAACAGGGAUCAACACAUCAGACAUUGGUACUCAUUUGUUAGAAUCCUUUGGUGCCAAUGCCAGCCUCAAAUUCCUCACACCUCAGCUCGAGUCCGAGUUAUUCGACUUCUUGAAGGCUGAUGAGGGGAUUUUGUUAAGUGGGUGUCAAGCAGAUGAGACAUCGGCGGACAUGAACCCGAUGGAGAGCGGUGGAAAAGCGUACGGAGCCUUUAGCAAUGCCGUCCAGAUGGUAUUGAAAGAGAACACCGGAAGAUUAAGCAAUAAAGAGGUUGUGAUGAUGGCUAGAAAAGUUUUAGAGGCUCAAGGAAUUGAUCAACACCCUUGCCUUUAUUGCAGUGAUGAGAACGCCGAUGCUACUUUCUUAUGCCAGGCUGAGGCCGAGCCUUACUGAUACCGGUAUCGACAAUUUAAAUAUUGAUUGCAACGUGAUAUUACGAUCGUUAUUUUACGAAUUCGAUUCUUCUAGUUACUAAUGUUUAACAAAAUUCACUAUAUCCGAAAAUAUGUUGGCAACAGCAAUUUAAAUUCCGAUUUGAAUAUAUGUAUUUGCUUUGUGAUUCAUUUGCAAUAAUAAGAUGUAAUGUCAGCCUCUUGAAUAAUAAAUUCUUAAUCUAUAUUAUCUAUGAAUUUGUGAAA